AUGUUCUGCGACAAAGGUUUUUUGGUGUACGCCGCGGCACUAAUCGUCCUCAAUGGAGUCCUCAUUUUCCUGGCGGGCCCUCGCGUCGGCAAGACGAAUCCCCUUGUCUACAUAACCAUCAGUGGAAGCAUUGGCUCACUCUCCGUAAUGGCAUGUAAGGGUGUCGGAGUUGGCAUAAAGCGCUUUGUUACUCUUUGGCGCUAG